CCGGGCUGGGGGGUCGUCUCCCCUCUUCUCUCCCCAAUGGGCUCUCCCCGCCCGCCCCGAAUGCCCCCUAGGACUCAUCAGGAAUGAGGAUAAGGACAGGAUACCCAGCAGCCAUGUCAGGGGACUAUGACGAUGACCUUUGUCACCGGGCUCUGACCUUAGUCUCUGACCUGUGCUCCCGGCUUCAGGAUGCUGAUGAAAAAUGCCAGGAGUUUUGGCGGAGGCGAGGCUACCCCGGACCCUCAGAUGCAGACAUCUCGGUGAGCCUGCUCUCAGUGAUCGUGACCUUCUGUGGCAUUGUCCUGCUGGGUGUUUCGCUCUUCGUGUCAUGGAAGCUGUGCUGGGUGCCCUGGCGGGACAAGGGGGGCUCAGCCCCUGGGGGUGGACCCCUUCGCAAGGACCCUGGGGCUGGACUGGCGGGGCUGGUGGGUGGUGGGGCCGGUCACCAUCUGGGGCCUGGCCUAGGUGGCCCACAUCAUCUCCUGGGUGGGCCCCACCACCAUCCACCCUUCUCUGAGCUCCUAGAGCCCGGAGGGCUGGGGGGCCCUGACCCUCCAGAACCAUCCUACCUGGAUAUGGACUCUUACCCAGAUGCCGUCACAGCAGCCGCCGCAGUAGCGGCUGGGGUCAAGCCCAGCCAGACAUCACCUGAGCUGCCCACUGAUGGUGGUGUUGGAACUGGUGGGGGGCUCCUCCUGGUGCCCCCUGGGGGGGGUGGGCUGCCCAGUGCCCAGUCCCACCAGCAGGUCACCAGCCUGGCCCCUCCAACGAGGUACCCAGCUCUUCCUAGGCCCCUCACUCAGCAGCCUCUGACCCCCCAGCCCCCAGCCCCGAGCCUCACUGAGCCUGAGGAUAGACCCCCAGCCCCAGCCCUGCCUCUCCCCCUGCCUGCAGGCGAGGAGAAGGCAAGGCUCAUUGGGCAGAUCCAGCCUGAGCUGUACCAGGGGGCAGGGGCCGGAGCCGGGGCCGGGGGCCGGCGGGCAGGGGCCGGGCCAGGUGGGGGGCCGGGGGCCGGACGCUUCAGCUUCGCCCUGCGCUACCUCUACGGCUCCGACCAGCUGGUCGUACGGGUCCUCCAGGCCCUUGACCUGCCAGCCAAAGACUCCAACGGCUUUUCCGACCCCUAUGUCAAGAUCUACCUGCUGCCGGACCGCAAGAAAAAAUUUCAGACCAAGGUGCACAGGAAGACGCUGAACCCCGUGUUUAACGAGACCUUCCAAUUCUCUGUGCCACUGGCAGAGCUGGCCCAGAGGAAGUUGCACUUUAGCAUCUAUGACUUUGACCGAUUCUCGAGACACGACCUCAUCGGCCAAGUGGUGCUGGACAACCUUCUGGAACUGGCAGAGCAGCCCCCCGACCGCCCACUCUGGAGAGACAUCAUCGAAGGCGGCUCGGAGAAGGCUGACCUUGGGGAGCUGAACUUCUCCCUGUGCUACCUCCCCACGGCCGGGCGUCUGACCGUGACCAUCAUCAAAGCCUCCAACCUCAAAGCUAUGGACCUCACAGGCUUCUCAGACCCCUAUGUGAAGGCCUCACUGAUCUCGGAGGGGCGGCGGCUAAAAAAGCGCAAGACCUCCAUUAAGAAGAACACAUUGAACCCCACAUACAAUGAGGCACUGGUGUUUGACGUGGCCCCUGAGAGCGUGGAGGCCGUGGGGCUGAGUGUGGCCGUGGUGGAUUAUGACUGCAUCGGUCACAAUGAGGUCAUUGGUGUGUGCCGAGUCGGGGCAGACGCGGCUGACGCCCACGGCCGAGAACACUGGGCAGAGAUGCUGGCCAAUCCCCGAAAGCCUGUGGAAUACUGGCACCAGCUGGUGGAGGAGAAGACCCUCACCAGCUUCACCAAGGGUACCAAGGGACUGAGUGAGAGAGAAAGCUCAGAGUGAAUGGGUCUGGCCCUUUAGGCUCUCACACUCCCCACAGAGAAUUCAUCUCCUCAAAGCCAUACGGACUAGCCGUCCAAUGCUGGGGAGGGAGGGAGGCUCCAGGCUGCUCACCCCGUCCCUCUCCCCCUCCCUCCCAGCCAGGGCCUUGGGGCUCAGAGGAGGCCAAGGCCUGCGGGUCUGUGCCAUGUAUGGGGGGAACCUGGGCCCCAGCCCCUCUGUGUCUGUCCUCCCCAUCCUUGGGCUCCCCUCUCAGGGAGGGGCUGUGCAUGUCGAGGGGGACCCCUCCCCCUUCGUCUGACCUCCCACUCCCAGUGUUCGUCCAGGACCUAUCGUCACAUCCCUCCCCCUGCGUACUGCUGUGAACGUCCACCGUGGGCUUCCCCUCCCGGUAGCUGCCCCCGUGUCCCAGGCUGACCCUCCCCGCGCCCAGCCCGUGGGAAUGUCGCAGCCCACCCUUGCAGACGGGCCUGUCCUGCGUCUGAGCCCUGGCAAUGUCCAGCCUGGUCUCCUCGUGCCCAGUUCCUCCUGUGUCCUGUUCCGUGUCUCUGGCCUCCUUCACUGCUGCUGCUAACACCAGAAUAAACACACCGUGGGUCUCUCACCCUGACCA